GCCUCCAGGUUGCCUCGCCCCCAGCAGCUGCUGCAGCUUUAGAGAGAGAGAGAGGCUGGCAAAAGAAAAAAUCGGAAUCUCUCUGCAGCAAAUCUGGUAGGUUGCUUAAGAAGGCUGGUCAGGGCUGGCUCUUUACAAGUCCUGGCUUCCGGAACCCAUUUCUCCCCUAAAACCAUGAACAAACAAAGCCCCCGUUUGAACCUCUUCCUCUGCCCCGUCUCUGUGUGUGUUUGUCUCUCUCUCUCUCUUUCCCCUCCCCGGGUUUUGCUUCUGCGAAGGAAGCAGCCCUCGGCCUCACCGGUUUUAUUAUUAACUAAGCCGACAGAUCCAGCCCCUUCGCUGUGCUGCGUUCACCGUGGGCGCUCACCGUCACUGCUGCUAGAAUGUUUUUCAUAGUUGAAAGGAGAGACAGACUCGGCUCUGCGUUUGAGACACUGCUCUUCCCUCCCCCCAUCUGUGUCUCUCCCCUCCCUCUCAUUACGCUGCCCCUUUUCUCCUCCAGUGCCGCUCCCUGCCCUAGAACUCUUCUCAGUUCUCCCCACAACCAUUUUGAUUUCUCAUGCAUUGGUUCCUGCCAACCUAGCAGUUCGAAAGCAUGCAAGUGCGAGCAGAUAAAUAGGUACCGUGGCUGCGGGAAGGUAAACGGUGUUUCCUUGCGCUCUGGCUUCCGUCAUGGUGUCCUGUUGCGCCAGAAGCGGUUUAGUCCUGCUGGCCACAUGACCCGGAAAGCUGUCUGUGGACAAACGCAGGCUCGCUUGGCCUGAAAAGCGAGAUGAGCACCACAAACCCAUAGUCGCCUUUGACUGGACUUGACCGUCCAGGGGUCCUUUACUUUUAACCUUUUACAUUUGUUGUACAGAAAUUAAUAUAAUAUUAAUAACAAAUUAAUAUAUUAACAUUGAUCUAUUGCUCUGAAAUCUGUAAUGGUAUAGUUGAAGCAUGCUCUACCUCUCCUUUAAAUCGGAACCAGUGAAGGCGGUGAAGGUCCUGCGUGAGUGUCUGGAGGCAGUUGGAGGAUGGAUGGCGGCUAACAGAUUGAGGUUGAAUCCUGACAAGACAGAAGGACUGUUUUGGGGGGAUGGGGUGGGCGGGUGUGGGGGACUCCCUGGUCCUGACUGGGGUAUCUGUGCCACUGAAGGACCAGGUGCGCAGCCUGGGAGUCAUUCUGGGCUCACACCUGUCCAUGGAGGUGCAGGUCCAUUCUGUGUCUGAGCUGUCUAGCCGCUCCAUCUGCUGCGCAGGCUGAGACCCUACCUGCCCGUAGACUGUCUUGCCAGAGUGCUGCAUGCCCUGGUUAUCUCCUUCUUGGACUACUGCAGUGUGCUCUAUGUGGGGCUACCUUUGAAGGUGAUUCAGAAUCUACAAUUAAUCCAGAAUGUGGCAGCUGGACUGGUGACUGGGAGUGGCCGCCGAGACCAUACAGCACCAGUCCUAAAGGAUCUUCACUGGCUCCCAGUAUGCUUCUGAGCACAUUCACAAGUGUUGGUGCUGACCUUUAAAGCCCUAAACAGCCUCAGUCCAGUAUACCUGAAGGAGUGUCUCCACCCCCACCAUUCAGCCCAGACACUAAGGUCCACCUCCGAGGGUCUUCUGCUGGUUCCCUCACUGCGAGAAGCGAAGUUGCAGCGAACCAGGCAGAGGACCUUCUCAGUAGUGGCGCCCGCCCUGUGGAACACCCUCCCAUCAGAUGUCAAGGGAAUAAACAACUAUCCAACUUUUAGAAGACAUCUGAAGACAGCCCUGUUUAUGGAAGUUUUUGAUGUUUGAUAUUUUAUUAUGUUUUAUAUUUGCUGGAAGCAGCCCAAAGUGGCUGGGGAAACCCAGCCAGAAGGGCAGGGUAUAAAUAAUAAAAUGACUGAUGUUGUUGUUGUUAUGCUAUCAUUGAGUAAAUUUUCAUACAAUUAAAUACAUCAAAAUUAAGAGUUUUAUUGUUGUUCAAUGUUUCCCCAGGUUAUUUGUCUUCAGUAUGCCUCGUCAUCACCGUGCUGUAGAUGUUCCCAAAUACCACCAUUUGGUAGAAAAACGAAAAACCAAGAGUGCUGUCUGGAUGCAUUUUGGAUUGCCUGCUGAUGAGAGCGGCCGUGUUUUGACUGACAAUGGCGCCAUUUGCAAAAUAUGUUUGCAUUCGGUAUCAGCAAAAGGCGGAAACACCUCCAAUUUAAGCAGCCACCUCAAGUUUCACCACCCUCUGAAAUUUAGGGAGUUGUCCACACCUCUGGCAGUACCUUCCUCAUCAAGAGGCAUUUCCGUUUCUUCACGUACUGCUGCUAAUUCAGACGAUCUUCCAGCUGUAACGGCGUCAACAGCUAGGGCUGCUGAGCCGGCAAGAACUGCUAGGGAAAGUUCUAGACGACAGCAAAAAACAGCAUUGGAUUCCCAGCUGCUCCCUUCUAAGACCUCAAGGACUUGCACUCAGGCAGUCGCGCAGUUUCUGGCUACGUGUAUGCAGCCUUACAACACUGUAGAGCACCCAAAAUUUAUCCAGAUGGUGAACGCUCUAAACCCGAGGUAUCGGUUGCCUAGUAGGAAAUACUUCACAACCACGGGAGUUCCAAAACUGUACAGUGACACCAUGGAGAAAAUGAAGGGGGAGAUACAGCGGCUAAGUGAGAGUGAAGUGGCCAUCACUACGGACAGCUGGACGUCAGUGGCAGGCACUCCCUUUGUGGCUGUGACGGUACAUUUCAUUUCCGACGAGUGGAAGUUGACAAGCGCUUGCUUGGCCUGUAAGCAUUUUUUGGAGGACCACACUGCAGAUCAUCUUUGUGAAAUGCUCACAGACACCUUAUCGGAGUGGGACAUCGAUGUGAAGAACAUAUUUUGCAGCACAACGGACAACGGCUCAAAUAUUCUGAAAGCGGUCAGGCAGCUUGGUUUUGAGCACAUUUCCUGCUUUGCCCAGAAUAUAAAUAUCGGGGUUAACCGAGCUUUAAGCCUGACACCGUUGAAAAGGGCAAUUGGGAAACUGAAGGGUCUGCAAAAUAGCAUUUGCUGCAGCUGGAAGAUGAGGAGGGACCUCGCCAGAGCUCAAGAGUUACUUCAGAUGGACCAAGUCAGUUUGCCAAGCGCUUGCCCCACAAGAUGGUGGAGUACGCUUCAGCUGUGCCAAAGGUUUCUCGAAAACCAAGUUCCACUCUGCAAGGUACUCAUGGAGCAUCCAUCUAAAAGACUUUUGAUGUUGGAAGGGGGCGACGUCUCAGCCGUGCAGGACUUUGUGUCUGCAACUACUCUGCUGGAGGACAUUACCACAACUCUAAGUGGAAGCAAUUAUGUCGCGGCGUCAACCGUUCUGCCUCUUUAUAGGCAAAUUAAGAAAAGCCUCCAGCCUGAUGAGGGAGACAGUGUGCUGCUGAAGGACAUUAAAUGUGCAGUUUUAGGCGCACUGUCAGAAAAGUACGAUAGCGCUCCCACGGCAACCACUUUAGGCCUGGCCUCGUUGUGCGACCCGAGGUUUCGCCUGCGUUUCUUAGAGGCGCCAGAGGCCGUCAGGCAGGAGGCCAUCAAGAAGAUGACAGACUUGCACGGGAGUCUGCAUUCUGCUUCUACGGAGCCAAAUACUUGCCCUGCUCCACCCAAAAAGAAAAAGGGGCUGGCGAAAAUUUUUGAUUUGGACGAAGAAGAGGAGGACCUGGCAGUGGCAGAUGGUGAGUCGAAAGCAGAAAAAGAGCUAAAGGAGUAUAUAGCUAUGCCAAGAGUGGACAUUGAUGGAUGUCCUCUGACGUGGUGGAAGGCACACGAGGCUUCCUUCCCAAUGUUGAAGGUGCUGGCAAAGAAGUUUUUGGCUAUCCCAGGGACAAGUGUGCCAUCUGAAAGUGUGUUCAGCACGGCUGGCAAUGUUUUUCAAAGACAAAGGUCAUCUCUAUUGCCAGAGAAUGCUGAAAUGCAAAUUUUCCUUGCAAAAAACAUAGAUUUCAUGUAAUAUUUUUUUUUGUUCUGUGAAAUUUUAUCCAUCCUUUCUCGUUUGGCCUGGCUUAUAAAAGAAAUGCACAUUUUCCUUGCAAAAAUAUAUAUAUAUUGUUUAAUAUAUUUUUUUGUUCUGUGAAAUGUUAUCCAUUCUUUGUAGUUUGGCCUGGUUUGUAAAAGAAAAGAAAAUUUUCCUAGAUAGAUAGAUAGAUAGAUAGAUAAAUAUUUUUUUCUGUAAAAUUUUAAUCAUUCUUUCUGGUUUGGCCUGGUUUAUUUAAAAAAAUGCACAUUUUUGGCAAUAAAAAUAUUGUUU